CUGGGGGCGGUGAGGAACAACAGCAGUUUACUGGCAGUCAGACUGAACAAAAAAACCCACAAGUGGUCCAGAAACUGCGGAAAAAAAUACCGCAAACCAUUUUUGGAGGAGUCCAGCUGGGAUUGAAGCUUUGAAUACAGGCAAUCGGGUCUGUGCUCCCGAUCCAAGCCAGAGAUGAGCACCGACAAGACGGCAUACUCUCCCGUGGGCGAUGCUCCACCUGCCUAUCCCGGGAAGACCGCAUACGCUCCCGUGGAUGAGGCUCCACCUGCGUAUCCCGGGCAGACAGCUUUUCCUGCCGCAUUUGACAUGAAUAUACCGGGUUCAACCAUGUUCGGAGCCCCUGCCCCGGGUGGGUUCUCUGCCCCAGGAGGUCUCCCUGCCCCUGGGGGCUUCCCUCCCCCCGCUGGUUUCACUUCUCCCGGUGGUUUCACUGCUCCUGGUGGGUUCACUUCUCCUGGUGGUUUCCCUGCUCCUGGUGGCCUCCCUUUCCCCCCACCGACUGCUUUUGGACCGGGUGUUCCUGGAGCUUUCGGGAUGGGCACAAACCCUCAAGGUGGCCCCGGAUAUGGAGCAAACCCCUCUACCUCGCCGUACUCUCCGCCAGGUCAGGGCUUCAGUGACAACUUCAAUGAUGAUGCGUACCACAGUGAGGAGGACCCACCAGCCUUUCAUGAGAAUCAAGACUUUGAUUUUGGAUUAGACAACAAGAGCAUAAGACGAGCCUUUAUUCGAAAAGUGUUCUUGGUGUUGACUGCUCAGCUGUUGGUGACAUUCGCCUUUGUGGCGGUUUUCACCUUUGUGGAUGAAGUGAAGGAGUUCGUCAUGGUGAACGCCUGGACCUACUUGGUGUCCUACGUCAUAUUCUUCGUGUCGGUGUGUGUGAUCAGCUGCUGUGGAAGCGUUCGCAGGAGACAUCCCUGGAACCUGGUCGCAUUAUCCGUCCUGACUCUCAGUAUGUCCUACAUGGUGGGAAUGAUCGCCAGCUACCACGACACUGACACAGUGGUCAUGGCGGUGGGCAUCACUGCCGUCGUGUGCUUCACGGUGGUCGUCUUCUCUCUGCAGACCAAGUAUGACUUCACUUCCUGUUACGGUGUACUCUUCGUCUGUUUAAUUGUCCUGGUCAUCUUCGGCUUCCUCUGCAUCUUCAUCCGUGACCGGAUUCUGCAUAUUGUGUAUGCUGGACUCGGAGCUCUGCUCUUCACCUGCUUCUUGGCGGUGGACACUCAGCUGCUGCUUGGCAACAAGGAACUGUCCCUGAGUCCAGAAGAAUACAUCUUUGCUGCUCUCAACCUGUACACAGACAUCAUCAACAUCUUCCUUUAUAUUCUUGCUAUUCUGGGAAGGGCGAGGGGAAGCUGAGCUGGGGGAACAACGGUCACAAAUCCUGACACAAAGUUGCAAAAAGUCGGUUACCAUAAUCUUGAUUUUCAUUUUGUCUUGUAGUGUGCAUUGAUCACAUAGCUCAAGAAUGAUUUGCUUCACCCUGUUUAAAGGCUAUUUGUUUUGAUAAUAUAUAUAGAUUGUCUAUGUUGUAGUUUGAGGGUUUAUUAAUGAAAGUUUUAUUAGCUAUAUGGUGUGCUGUACAAAACUUUGUUUUGAUUUUAGGAAGAUUUGACACCAGCUUUUUCCAGAACUUUCAACUGUAUCUAAGACCUCGUUUAGACUUUGUUUUAAAAUGUGUCUUGGCUGAUCGGAUCACAAGUGGACAGAUGAGACACAUGGCUGUUGAUACCUGUGUUCAGAUCCAUCAUUACCACACCUAACCCAUUGAUGAUGUAUUUUCCUUUUUAGGGACACAUUUAGGACACAGCAUUUAUACUACAGAACUGUUGAACUUGUAUUUAGUGCUGACCACUUGUGAUCCGAUCGCCCAAGAUGCAUUUUAAAACGUGUAAACUGGGGUCAAAGCCUUCAUCAACAGAAGAAGUUUGAUCCGUUGUCAUGGAGAUAUGUCUGUUGACAUGUGAGCUCAGGUAGUUAUUGCACUUGAGGACCAAAAAAGCGCAGUCAGCGGAAUCAGAACAGCUGCUGCACUUGUAUGUCACCAUCUCCAUCACUAUGGCAACCGAGCAAACUACAUCAGCUGGUGAGGAGUGUGUGAUUUAGAUGAAAGCACUAGACAGAGCUAGAAAGCAGACUGUUGAUUAUUGUCAAACUACUUUGUCAAAGGUAAAGAAUAACCUUUUAAUGCUGUGUAUAAAGUUCUUUUCUAAACCUGA